CGCGGGGCGGGUCUCGCGCCACUGGCCUUGUAGCCAUUUUAGGAGGAAACCCGGAUCGCUAGCCCCGGGCGCGGCUUCAAUUUCAAUAACUUUAUUGGUGGCCUUAUCCGCAGAACAGCCAUCGCACUAGUGGGUGGCCCUCGACUCGAGCUGCAGCCAUGGGAAACACCACCAGCGACCGGGUGGCUGGCGAGCGCCACGGCUCCAAGUCUUCACGCGCCGAGGGCGCCGGCGGCCAUGCGCCGGGCAAGGAGCAUAAAAUCAUGGUGGGGAGUACCGACGAUCCUAGCGUCUUCAGCCUGCCGGACUCCAAGCUCCCAGGGGACAAAGAGUUUGUAUCAUGGCAGCAGGAUUUGGAGGACUCCGUAAAGCCCACACAGCAGGCCCGGCCCACUGUUAUCCGCUGGUCUGAAGGAGGCAAGGAGGUCUUCAUCUCUGGGUCCUUCAACAAUUGGAGCACCAAGAUUCCACUGAUUAAGAGCCAUAAUGACUUUGUUGCCAUCUUAGACCUUCCUGAGGGAGAGCACCAGUACAAGUUCUUCGUGGAUGGACAGUGGGUUCAUGAUCCAUCAGAGCCUGUGGUUACCAGUCAGCUUGGCACAAUUAACAAUUUGAUCCAUGUCAAGAAAUCUGACUUCGAGGUGUUUGAUGCUUUAAAGCUAGAUUCAAUGGAAAGCUCGGAGACAUCUUGUCGAGACCUUUCCAGCUCUCCCCCAGGGCCUUAUGGUCAAGAAAUGUAUGUGUUUCGAUCUGAGGAGAGAUUCAAAUCCCCACCCAUCCUACCUCCUCACCUUCUUCAAGUUAUUCUUAACAAGGACACUAAUAUUUCUUGUGACCCAGCCUUGCUUCCUGAGCCCAAUCAUGUUAUGCUGAACCAUCUCUAUGCAUUAUCCAUUAAGAUAAAGAAACUAAGGCUCAGAGAAGGUCAUAAUACCAGAUAGUGUGAUGGUCCUUAGUGCAACCCAUCGCUACAAGAAGAAGUAUGUCACUACUCUGCUGUAUAAGCCCAUCUGAAGGGAUCCCUUCCUGCCUCCCAGGAUUUAAGAGAAGCAUCUCCCUUGCCUUUCUGGACUGGACCAGUCUUACCAAGACUGGAAGGCUAAUUUGCUUUGAGGCUGAUAUGUGUGUUUCAGAGCCUUUGAGUAGGAUGCUCUGCUUUUGCAUUCGAUUGCAGAUGGGAGCUUUAUGAGUUUAUGGAAUUUAUUUUAAGACAAAAAAGUUAUAUAAAUAUAUGUGUGUAUAUGUGUGUAUAUUAUAUAUAUAUAUGCAUAUAUAAUACACACACACACACACAUAUAUGAGAGGAAGGUUAAUGGAAGCCUCCUAGCUAGAUGUGUUCUCUCUGCUUGUGGGGACUCACCAAAACCAGUUUUGGGGGAGCUCAAGAAAGACCAAUUACAGGAAGCUUGUUCCCUAAAAUGGAUGAAGAGCCAACUCUCAGGAUCCUUGUUGGGUAGAGAUUCUACCACUGCUACCUUGGCUUUCCAAGGGAUGGGCUUGUGCCAGACUUCUGUUCCACUUACAGUUGCCUCCUUGCAGAGGCAGCUUUCCCUUGCAUGGGUUCUCUGUAUUCCUAGAGUAUGUGGCACAAUCUGUGCUUUUUAUGAUACCAGAUGCCCCACAGGAACCCUUUCUCAUCUCAUUUCACGUUCUUACUUUGAUAACCUCCCUCAGAUCCUAUACCUGACCCAUCCCUAACACAGAAGUCACUGGCCAGUGACCCCUUUCAAAGGCUAUGUGAGACCUGACCUACCACACAGAUUGGGGCUACCAGAAAGUCUCCUUUUCAGCCCAGCACAGGCCCAGGCCACUUUGUUACCACUUGUUUUCCCUUCUACUAAAGAAAUAUGUCUCAGCAUUAUAAGAAAGGCAGAGGGCAGAAGGUCUACUUUCUUAGUUUAGUGCCACAGCUUAGGCUGUCUUGACACAUUCCCAGAGGUUAGUCCCACCUGGCCUGGCCCUGCUUCCGUAUUUUCUUUUGCGGAGCAGACAGCUUCGAAGGUGGGAGUGGAACCAGGGAACACUUUAAUGUCUUUUAUCUUUGGGAGAUUUUUAUGUGCCUACAUUUUUCUUUAGUUAAAAAAAUGCCUCUUCAUGAUUCUUAAGACACUGAAUAGGAAAAUUUUAGGCUCUUGAUAAAUGGUUCCCAAGAUUCUUCAACAGGAGAGAAGUAGUCUAGCCCUCUGUAGGCUUACAUUAGUGUGGCCAGCCCUGUGCAUAUCACUAAACAGUGUUUUAGAAACAAAUUCGGGUUCCUUUGGUGCACCUAAAAAUUUUCUUCAACUUAGACUUAGUAGGCCAAGAAGCAAGAAGAUACCCCUGGGGUUCCUAACCAUGAGUAGUAUUGCUUCCCUGCACCAAGUACAAACAGGACCGUUUUGUUUUUCUCUUUUUUUAAAGUGUUUGAUGAAGAAGUGGGGUCAAUGAUUCUCAUUUGUGGAAUGAAAAGUAGCUAUCCAAUCCACUCAUAGGGUUCAGAGAGAAAACAUUUUUUUUUUUUUUUCAAGUGUCUGUGGCUCUUCCAUUAAGGAUAAGUGCAAGUCAAAACAUUCAACACUGAAGGAGGCCAAACUUGAUGCUAGAUGCACACUGAAAGGGUACCCAUUGGUCAGUUUAGCUACCUCCUUUCUUUCUUGUUCAAAGCUGAUGACACAGCUAUCUUUGGGUGUGUAGGCCUUAGAUCCUGGGAGCGAGGCAGUGGAACAUGGGGUUGUUUUGCUGGGAAUGCAAAUUUCUAAGUGCUUUGGUGGUUACUUUCUGAGAGUAAAUACUUGAACUUUAAAACUUUGAGCUUUAGCUACUUGAGGCCCCUUACUGCAGCAAAACACUUUUGUGGGAAACCGUUUAUGGUCCCAACCACUUUUUGAGUGGUCUUUCAUUUAAAAAAUCCAGGCCAAAUCCUAUUAUAACCAGCUCUCAAGAUCUGCACUGUCUACAGUUAUACUGUUGUUGUUUUUUUUUUCUACUACCCAUUAGAUAAGUGGAGCAUAUGGGAGGAUUCAAAGCCUUGGUUGUUACUUGGAGGGUUUUAUCACGCUAUUUCUUGUCAGCAGUAUUGAAGUGUAAUUGCCUGUGUGUUUGUGUAUUAACUUUUUUACACAGAUGUCUCAGUAGAGUGGGGCAGGAAAAGAGAUUCCUUCAGUGUCUCAGGCCAGCAGCUACCGUGAACUGGCUCUGGCUCCAGUCACUGGUGCUGGUGGCCUUCAAACCUUCCUAAUCUGGAUAUGUGCAGAAAGUGUCAGUUUCCUAAGUUCUUUGGUAAUCUCCCAGCCAAGUGUGAAAUGAGAGCCCACCAGCUGGUGUGGAAGAGGAUAGGCAAGGGGGUCUGACGCCUCCUUUAGCACCGCUCCUUCGCCACACUCCUGAUACACCCCUUGGGCCUGAUAAGCCUCUUAAACACAGUUUGGCCCCCGAGAAACUGCUCUAGAAGGUAGAGAGGGAAGGAGGAAGGUAGCCCAGAGUACAACCUAUUUAUUCUUCUGUGUUGGUUAAAGGGGCAGUUUAUUUUCUAAAGAAGAGAGCUUGGCAGAUUUUGAAAAUGAAAAAAGGCAGAAAAAAACCCCACCUUUUUAGCUUUUAAAAAACAUGUUGUUUUUGUUUUUGUUUGUUGUUCUUUUUUCCUAUAGGAGUUUCACAGAGUCAAAGUUUGAAAAUCACUCUUCAGGAGUGCUAAUCCUUCAAAAAAUACAUCAUGAUUUGGGGGUUGUGAGGAAAAGGAAGAGUGACUGAGCUAAGGAUCCUGGAAAGUUAAAAGGCUUAAGUAGCUCAGAACUCAAAAUAGCCUUUUUCUUGUGGUUAAUUAAAUGAAACAUAACAUACCGGUAUCCUUUGGAUCUCAUUGUGCAAAACCUACUUAUAAACAUACCUUUGUCUCUUGUUCCUUUUGUCUACCCUUUCUUUUAUAUUCUGCUUUACCUUCACUUGUCAAGCUGACUUUUUACCAGAGCUUUAGGUCAAAUAUUACCUAAAACAAAUGUUUCGUCAUCCUGCUGGUCUGGUCAUGGUUAAAGCUCAAAUUAAGCUUAGAGUUGAGGGGCACCUGGGUGGCUCAUUGGGUUAAAGCCUCUGCCUUGGGCUCAGGUCAUGAUCCCAGGGUCCUGGGAUCAAGCCCCGAAUCCAGCUCUCUGCUCAGCAGGGAGUCUGCUUCCUCCUCUCUCUCUGCCUGCUUCUCUGUGAUCUCUGUCAAAGAAGUAAAUAAAAUCUUUAAAAAAAAAAAAAGCUUAAGAGUUGAAUGGGAUUUGGUCACUGUAGGUAGCACCCCUAUGAGCAUGCCUGGCCUCAAGUGUAUUGGCUUUUUUUUUUUUUUUUUAAACAAUGCUUAUAUGGUAGAGAAACCCUAUAAAAGAAUAGUCCAAGAGGAGAUUCUGAGAGGAUCAUACUAAUCCCAGGCCUCCAAUUCUUGUCUCUCGUAGACCUAAUGGAUCUGAGAUAAAACCUUUGCAAAGUGUUAUUACUCUGUGUAUGCUGCUAAAAUGAAGUUAAGUUUGGAAAGAAGUGUUACCUCCAGACUCUGCUUGUAUUAAUCUGAGUAGAAAUGAAGGAGACAUACUAAUGAUAGAAUCCCCUGCUUCUAAAUGGGGAAAUAGGGCUUUUAAAAUUUUAACCUCAACUAAAAAUGAUAUGCAAUCGUCUAUGUUGUGUGUGUUUGAAAAAUAUUCUAUUCUCAGAGAUUUCUAAGUUCUCAACGUGAUAAUGACUUGGGGCAUAGGCUAUAAGCAGAUACAUAAUUUGUUCACACAUUAUUCUGACACAUCCUUAAAACCAAGUCCUUGCUGUCUUCUACCAGGGACUGAUAGCUCCAGUUAUAGAUAGAGCACCUGGGAGGGCUAGGGAUUAGGAAGUCUCUGGAUCCUAGGCAUUUAUUUUUCCUUAAGGACCCACCAUACUGGAAGAUUGAAGGGCUAUCACUUCUGCAGUGAUCCUAGACCUCUGGAGUAAAAAGGCCAAUCUAUUUUUCAAACUAUAAGAAGAAAGAAAGAAGUCUCAAGAGUCUGUUACUUAUGAAAUCCAAUUCUUAACAAUGGAAUCCCUGUAGGAUUCAAAUGUGGACUUUGUCUUGAUUUGCUUUUCUCUAUUGUGCUUUGAAGUGAUUAAGUUUCAUUAAAAAUUAAAUUUUUUAUUAGUUCCAAUGUUAGUUGGAGUUGAAUUAAUUGCAUUGGAACACAGUGCUUUUGCAGUAAGAUUGCUGUGAAACCACUGGAUUUUGUAGUCAAGUUAAGUGGUCAAGGGAUAACUACCUACCAUAAGUAUUGUAUUAUGUAUUUGAUCAUGUUCUUUUCUGUUCCCAUCCAAAGAACACUUAACCGUACCUAGGUUGUGGUUUUAAAACAGCCAAAGCUCACUGAUGUCCAUUAGGCCUAAUCUGCAGGGUGGGCCUCAUAGGUGAGACUUGUUUGAAUUUUGGUAAAUUGAAGGAUGCUGGUGGUUAUUUCACUGGAGCAUUUUGAAUGAGUGCAGCUCUGUCAUAAAGGGGGAGUAAGACUAUAGUUUGGAAGGGAAUUAAAUAUGUGAUUCCUCCUUUAAAUGGUGCCUUUUGUAACCUUUAGUGCUGAGGUACAGGGCUGCUUUUCAGCAUACAAGAAUUGGCAUACAAGAAUGGGUUUCAAAUCUUUUCCCCAAAUGUCAUUUGUCACUGGACUUUGACAUGUCUGAAAAUUAUGUGAUGUAACACAUACAGAAAUGUGAGGUUUUCCCCAGAAAAUUGUUGAAUAAAAGUAUUAUACAAUAA